AUGUCCAAGACAUCUGCUGUCCUCGCCUCCCUGGCGGGCGCCGCUCUUGUGGCUGCUCACGGUCACGUCAGUCACAUCAUCGUCAACGGAGUGUACUACCGGAACUACGAUCCGACAUCGGAUUGGUAUAACCCAAAUCCGCCGACUGUGAUCGGAUGGACGGCGGCCCAACAAGACAACGGUUUCGUUGAACCCAACAACUUUGGCACCUCCGACAUCAUCUGCCACAAGAGCGCAGCUCCGGGAGGUGGCCAUGCCACUGUCAAGGCCGGUGACAAGAUCAGCAUAGUGUGGACGCCUGAAUGGCCCGAGAGCCACAUCGGCCCGGUCAUUGACUACCUGGCGGCAUGCAAUGGCGACUGCGAGAAGGUCAACAAGGAGUCCCUCCGGUGGUUCAAGAUCGACGGUGCGGGCUACAACAGCCAGACUGGCAGCUGGGCCGCCGACGACCUCAGGAAGAACGGCAACAGCUGGCUGGUUCAGAUUCCCUCGGAUCUCAAGGCCGGCAACUACGUCCUCCGGCACGAGAUCAUCGCUCUCCACGGCGCAGGCAGCCCCAACGGCGCUCAGGCGUACCCCCAGUGCAUCAACCUGCAGGUCACAGGAGGCGGCAGCAACUCGCCCAGCGGUGUGCCCGGCACUUCCCUGUACAAGGCCACCGACCCGGGCAUCCUCUUCAACCCCUACACCAGCAACAUCAACUACCCCGUUCCCGGUCCCGCCCUGAUCGCCGGUGCCGUGAGCAGCAUCCCGCAGAGCGUUUCGGUCGCUACGCAGACCGCCUCUGCUACUCCUCCUGGCGGCAGCGCCCCAGCCACGACCACCGCUGCCACCAGCACCGGCAGGAGCAGCAGCAGCAGCAGCAGCGCCCGCACUACUACAACCCUAGUGACUGUCACCACGCAGUCGCCCAGCUCGACCAUCACCGCUGGGCCUACUGGCGGCGCCUCGCAGAGCAAAUAUGGCCAGUGUGGCGGCAGUGGGUGGACAGGACCUACCGCCUGCGCCGCUGGCUCGACCUGCUCUGUCCUCAACCCGUGGUACCACCAGUGCGUGUAA